AUGACUCUGACAAAAGCCUUUCCACCGCCUCGUGGACAAACUGUGAUAGGAGUGUCAUUCAGUCUCAUCGCAUUCGCAACCGCCAUCAUUGGUUUCAGGAUUUAUCACAGACUGAGGGUUCAGAAAGGAAGGCUUGUUCUCAGCGACUAUUUCAUGAUAUUGGCGCUAUGCGGAGCCAUCACUUGCGCCUCAUUCGAUGUUGUGUUUUGGCAGCGCGAUGUUCUUAGACCAAGAAUGAGUGUCGGAUUCGAAAACUAUAACCCUGGUGAAGAGCUUGUCGAAUACAUUUACAAGUUGUCUUGGGCUAGCGAGAUUCCUUUUUACGCGACCGUUUACCUUUGCAAGGCGAUAUUGUUAGCAUUGUAUUUCCAGAUCUUCCCUCCGUUUAUGGGACGACGUCGUAGAGCACUCUGGGCUACCGUUUAUUACUGCAUUUUGGCUUAUUUCGUGACUUUGUGCAUGCAGCUUUUCUCUUGUAUGCCACUCGAGCGACACUGGGUUAUCAGCCGACCUAUCACUGCGUGCGAUUGGAGAUGGCAGGGAGUCGUCUUCCAAGUCUCUUGGGCAUUGGCAUUUUUAGGCAGUCUUCUCGUUCUCAUUCUUCCGUUCAUGGUCGUACACGACCUUGAUUUGACAAAGAGGGCAAAAAUUGGCCUGUACUUUGUGUCUUUGGUUGGUGUGGUUGACAUUGGCCUUUCUCUUAUCCGCUUCCUGAAUGUUGAGCUUGGCGAUGGUACCGAGUUCCGAUCGUUCAGCACUAUUGAAUUCUGGAGCGCUCUCGACGUCAAUAUUGGCCUCAUCACCGCCUGCCUCCCUGCCCUCAGAAUCCUUCUUGGCCGUACCAGAACACCCGAUACAUACACAUUCGAAGAAGCUAAGACCGCUCGCUCUUCUCGUGCUAUGGAGCAUCGCGAGCUUGAAGAGGUUGAAGGUUCCACAUACCUCGGCGUCAACAACAGUGUUGGUCCAUCACGCUCGAACAGGGCUUCGAUGUACAGCGACAAGGGUCAAAUGAGUCCUAUCAAGAUGCUUGAGCCUAAGCCUGAGCGUAAACCCGAGCGUAAGCCGCCUGGACCUGCGUGGAAGGAUUAUGAAGGAGAGGACAGUGAUCUAGAGUUGGAGAACAUCAAUGUUGAGGCUCUCAAUAGAGACCAGGCGCAAUCGUACUGGUCGGUUCCUUAA